GAGCACAUGAAUUUACGUGAUGACAUCAUGAUGGAUGCUACGGAUUAAGUUAGGAGUCUGGUCGACAACUUGAUCUACGUCAACUCGUGAAUCAAAUCCACCAUGUCUCGCUCAAUAUGCAUCACUGCCGCUGAUGGCCAGACUGGCCACUUGAUUACCGAACUGCUCCUUUCCAACCAGUUCAGACCGAAGUUCAAAGAAUUGUUUUGCGUCACCCUCCAUCCCGAGAAAUGCGAAGACCUCGAAACGAUGGGUGCUAAAAUCAUCGCUCAUAAACACAGUGACCCCGCGGGGCUUGUGCAAUCCCUCAAGGAAUCUGGUGCAGACACUAUAUUCAUGAUCCCUCCUGCACACGCCCAUAAGCUACGACUCGCACGAGAUGUGCUCAAGGCUGUGGCAGCCGCUGACAUCAAAAACACAGUCUUGCUCAGUGCAGCUGGGACAGACCUUGCUGAGGAAAAGGCUCAGCCCCACAUUCGCCAAUUCACAAAAAUCGAAACCGAAAUGAUGCACUUGCGAUAUACGGGGGGCACAGAGGCAGGGACAAGCCAGUGUAUCAUUCGUGCCGGGUAUUACGCCGAAAACCUCUUGCUCUAUGAAAAGGACAUGAAGACGAACGGAAGGCUUCGCUUGCCGAUCGGUGAUGUGAAUUCGUUCGCCCCUGUCGCGCUUGGCGAUGUUGUCAAGGUCGCGGCGAACAUCCUUGUCAGUGAGGGGCCGAAAGGUUUGAGUGAUAGAUUCCGAGGCCAAUUGAUCACGCUUACGGGACCCACGUAUGCAUAUCUUAAGUUCUUGAUUCACACAGAUCGCCUUAAUCACCCCUUAACGCAACGCAGGAUGUGCAAUGGUGUUGAACUAGCCGCUGCGGCUUCCCAAGCUGGAGUUAACAUCGAAUUCACCGAUACCUCUAACACGGAAGCAAAACAGCUAGUCCUUGAAUUGGACACUGAUGUCGAUGACUCCGAGAAACAGUAUCUUCUUGAGUACUACUCGCUUGUGCGCGAGGGGAAAACGAACUAUGUCAGUACUCUUGAUUUCGCGCCCAUAACAGGGGAAGAACCUACGAACCCCCCUGACUUUUUCAAAACGUAUGAGUCGACAAAGCAACGUCACAUCGUCUGUCAGUGAAUGGAGUUGGCAAACCAGGCUUCGGAAAAUCAUCUAGGCAAACACCAAAUGUAUCAUAGCUAUUGGGUUAUCAACCUUUUUAUGCGAGAACUGUAUGAUACGCUUAUAUUUUGUGGACUA